AUGGCGUCAGGGACGAAUAUGGGCUUCAAUGCCCUCCUUAUUAUAUGUCUCGUGCUCGUCGUACUCCCCUCCCAAGUCCAUGCAUUUGGCGCUGGCAAUAUCGCUUCGAUCUCCGCCGUUGAGGGCAAGAACUGGCGCCAUGGCGAUAUUGAAGAUAUGCUCAAGACCAUUGCCUUUAUCAAAGGCCAUAAGUGGACUUCCACCAUGAUUAAGCGCGUCUACUUUGGCAACUGGUUGCGUGAUUACUCCCAGGCGAUGGACGUCGGCACCCUGAAGAGUGUCCCAGCUGACACUAUCCGAAUCCUCGUCUGGAUACUGGCUUUUAUGACAUUCGGUUAUGCGACGGCGGAGUUUGAGGUCACAUCUGAGAGGCUCGGAACUUAUCGUCCUGAGGAGCAUAUCGACAACCCAAAGGACUAUGCCGACAACGAAGAUGCGCGCCAGUACGAUUCUCGUCUGCGUGGCCCGGUCCGUCAAGUUGAGCUCGAUAUCGAUCCCAAUACCGGCAUGAAGAACUAUAUCGCCAACGAACGAGGAGACUGGUCCACGAGUUCGGGGUAUAUCAAAUACAGUUUGUCUCGCAGUAUCCAUUACGGAAGACUGUAUACCAGAAAUGGAAACGAGGAGGACCUCUGCGAAGCUUUGCGAUGCCUCGGCCAAGGACUCCAUACUCUUGAGGACUUUGCAGCACACACGAACUAUUGCGAACUCGCGCUUCGUGAGAUGGGCUUCCGUAAUGUAUUUCCGCACACCGGCCAGCGGACUGAGAUGAACGUUCGGGGUCACCGUGUUUACCCUCUCGUAACAGGAACAUUCGGUAUGGUUGAUUUCUUCCAUUCCGUACUUGGAGAAGCGACCGAUCAUUUCACCCAGUCGGAGGUCAACGAAAUGGAUAUUGCGCUGGGAGAUGCACAGACAAAUACAUCCUCUGGAUCUGCUAGCGCGUUGACGGCACUGCUCGGCAAGGUCCCUGGCACAAAGGAUCUUGUUAACCAAGCCGAGGAGCUCAAGCGUCGCUCAGAUGAGCAAGAAUCAGCAAACAGGCGUGGCGGUCGUCGUUCAGGCUAUUCAACCCGCGGAUCUACUCGAUCCUAUGACGACUACGACUCAGGCAGCAGCCGAGGCUUCGGAGGUGAACGAAGCAGGGCAGCCAGAGCUGAUGAUUCCAAUCAAACUUCCUCGGGCGGCUUGCCUGACUUCGACGCAAACAAUACCAUCCAGCAGAUAUACCCUAUUCUGCAGUUCAGAGAUAACGUCGUGCGGAAGCUCUCAUCCAUCAUUGAGAACAUUCCCGGUCUGGAAACCCUGGUCGAGACAAUCACUGAAACCUUGACCGUUUUUGUUAUGUCUCUACUGGCGCCCUUCGUUCGUCCUAUCAUCAACGCCGCCUCUAAGCAGCUCCAGGCUGGCUCUUCUAGUGUCAUUGACGCUUCUGGCCAACACCAGUAUGAACCAUGGACUGACCCUCACUGCACCGACCCUACCCACUCCUUGCUGUCCAAGGAUCACUUUUCCAACAUCCUCAAUGAGCCAGCUGGUCAAGUCGCUUCUGCCAUUCUGAAAUACGUCGCACCUCGCGUCCUGUACGCUUGGGAAAACACCAACAUCUCCGAUCGGCAGGUUGCGGAAGAUUGCCUCCAAGUAUUCCAUCAUCCCGCUCUGAGGGAUAUGCGCAACGAAGCACAUCGGACCAUGUACGAAGCAGUCGAAUCUUGGGUGCAGUCUAGGCCGGAUCGUGGCUCCGAACUGAACGAUAUUCUCAGUGCCGAGGGUGUGAAGGCUGGAAAGAACCAGACAGGAGAGGGUGGCCACUCCCAUGGACACGGCCAUAGCCACAGCCAUGCAGCUCAGCAGUCCCAUACUCAGUCAGGACAGUCACAGUACCGCCCACCCCAAUACCAACAGCAACAAAGCUCAUCUAGCCCCUUCGACCAACUUUCUAGCCUUCCCAUUCCUGGUAUCUCUAAGCUUAGCAGUGCUUUCUCUAGCUUGGGACUGGGUGGCUUCUCGAUGGGUGACGAGACCUCGCAGCAGACUGCACCUCCGCCUGAACCUCAGCAUCAACAAUCUCAUCAGUCUUACCAUGAACUAUCUCAUCAACGCCAGGACCAUGAAUCUCGCCACCAAAGCCGCCAGUCGCAUCACUCUGGGGGCAAGCACAGCAGCCAUGAGAGUCGUCAAUACGGUCAUGGAGGUGGAAAGAGCGCAGACUACUACAACGAGUCAUCGUCCAGCCAUGGAUAUGGUGAUCACUCCGAAUCUCAAGGACAUAGCCAACGUCGCCACCGUAAAAAGAAAAGUCAUAGUGAUGACAGUGAUGAAGAUUAUGACCCUGGGUAUAACGUACACUCUCGACAAGACCACAGUCAUGGCCGUGAUGAAGAUCAUGAGUCUAGGUAUAACCUACGCUCUCGACAAGACCACAGCCAAGGCUACGGACAAGAAUAUGGCGGUGGAUAUGGCGGUGGAUAUGACGGUGGAUAUGGCUCCGGUGGAUCUCGUUGGUGA